AUGGCUAUCUACAGCUCCGUCCCGCCACCAGAACAGCAACCGACCACAACCACUUCAACCCCUACUGCGACAAAUCCUCCUUUGGCUGCUAUCCAGGCUCAGUCGCCUCCUACGCCAGUCAAGAACUCUUCUAUUGAUAUCGAUGCUUGGACUAUCUCGGCUCUGCAAUCCCUCAGCGUCUCCCCUGUCGCACGUGGAACUUGUAUCCCUCUCGCUAUCCCCAUUGAUGAAGUUGCCAAAGCUCAACCCAAGUCUCCUGAGCGCAAUGUCGACUUCGACGAGCAUGGGGUAUCCACCUCUAUUCCAAAGCGCCCUCUCUCCAGGAGGGACAGCCAGCGAAAGCGCGAACUAGUUCAAAAGGGCAAGGAGGGAAGUCGCCAGCGUCGUCGCUGGGAGAAUGACCGUUUGAUGCACGUUCCCAACGUUCAGCCUCCUCUGCCCUCCGACUACGAAGUCCACCCCACGCAUACUGUCCAUCAAGUGCCCUAUCAGCUUGCUCAAUUUUGGGACCGCGGCGUGCGCCAGCGCGUUGAGGAUAAGACUGCUCGACUCCAAGCCGAACGCAAGAAGCAACAGCUCAAGUCAGGUAGCGCUACUGGCCUUUGUGCUGGCGAGGUACCUCGCGACUUGCGCGAAGCCACCAAGCGUAGUCCUGUUGUGCGCAGUUGGGUGCGAUCUCUGGAAGAGCCUGUACGUCAAUACCUGGCUAGUCAACGGGCAGUCACUACACCUAACGUUGAGGCCGCCGAGGAAAGUGAUAGCGCAGCUGAGCAGAUGGACUCAGAUGACGAGGAGAUCGUGUUUGUCGGCAGGAACGGCGCAAUGCGGGAGCUGAGAGAGAAGAAGGCGACAUGGAAACAUGCUCACCGUGAGGUUUCGCAGGAAACAGUCGACUCGGGCAUGCUGUUUGACUCUUUUGGCAAUGAUGAGAGUGCCGCCUUCAAGCGCUGGCUUACACACACCAUCUCCGACUAUUAUGGCAUCCAAUCCCGCUCCGUCAAUCUCACAAACCCAUCGCGCCGAGUCGUCUAUGUUGGUUUAAAGACUUCGCAGGGUAUUUUGCCUUCGCGAACGCUACCACGCCCUAUGUGGGAAGUAUGCUGA